CUCUGAUCCUGUCCUGCGAUUUUCCAUCAAGCUGCUCAGACCCACCCCUGGCUCGUUUGUGCUGGUGAAAUGGCUUGAUGUUUGAAUGCAGAAAACAGGAAGGCGCAGCUGAAAUGACAUGACGACAAAGGGAAUGAAGACUUGAUGGGAUGUGAGUGACCCAGUGCACAGAACAAACAUUCACUGUUCCAGAGUCGUUGCCAGUGUGUCCAGACUGACCUCACUGCUCGCAGGCAUAGAGCUGAAACUCAGGUUGUCAGAUUUCCAGCAUGAUUGCCGCUGCUCUCGUGCUCCUGCUCUUCUUCGAUGACCUCGGCGCUGACGUGGGGACGACGCCCAACCUCAAACAGAUCGUCCUGGGACGGUGCUUCAGCUAUGUGACACUCAUUAGUCCUGGUUCUAGGUUUAACUGUGAGGAGAUCUGGAGGGAGUUCCGGAAUGCAGUAAUCCAGAGAGCGCCAUGCGACGUCAGAGUGAAGGACUACAGCUGCAUGUUCCACGCAGCUCCCCAAGCCCUCCCCUGUGACAGACUCCUCUUCUGGAGUAAGACCCGGGAGUUUGUACACAGUUACUCGGCCAUCACACGCCGUUUCUGCACCCUGGAAGAUACUCUGGUUGGAUAUAUGUUCAACGACCUGAUCUGGUGUGGACAGAAAGAGAAGCACAGAGGGUUCGACUUCAACUCCUGUCCAGAGUGGUCAACCUGCGCAAACCACCCAGUGUACUCCCUGUGGAAGCAAGCAUCACAGAAUUUUGCAGCUUCUGCAUGUGGAAACAUCACUGUCAUACUGAAUGGCUCCAUGGAGAACGCCUUUAACAGGACAAGCAUGUUUGGGAGUGUGGAGUUGGACAGCCUGAACCCCAGGAUGGUGAACCAUGUCAACAUCAAGGUGGUAGCCAACCUGGAGGGCCCAAUCAUAGAUUCCUGCACAAAAGGAUCCAUUCGGAACCUCAUCCAGAUCCUGAAGACCAGAGGGUUUCGGUGGACCUGCACUGAUACAGAUAUGACACUGAUGAUUCUUCAGUGCAUUCAGAACCCAAGACAACUGUCAUGCGAGAUAUUCCACAACAACCUGCUAUAGAAUGCUGGGCGCCCUCUGCUGGAACAGAGGACACAGCCAUUAAAACGCUGUAUUAUCAGUUAUAUCACUGGAGGCUUGUAGAAAGGAAGUAACAGCUUCUGCUAACAUCUUAUCUAGAUAUCUACUUGUUCUAGGCUGCAUAGGGCUCAGAGUGGGCAUAGAUCCCAUGUGAGCUGUAACUAUAGCAGCGUGUGGCUCAGUGGGCUGAGCCUUUGUGUCUGUGAUCUGAAGGUUGCCAGUUCAAACCUGGACUUGGUAUGUGUGUGGGCCCUUUAGCAAAGCCCUUAACCCCCAGCCUGCUGGAUGCUGCAGUGGGUGGCUGUUCUUUAUGGCCAGCAAGAUGGAAUUGGUGAAAAGAGAAUUUUCCCAUCGGGAACAAUAAAAGUAUAUUGUUUUUUAAUUAUUAUUAUGAAUGGUUUUUGAUUAUCUGUGUAAUAGAAGACUCAUUCUGAGAGGUUGUUUAGCAAACUCCUGAAGUACUAUGUCAGAGGGCAUUGAUUAGAUUAGAGACUUGGAAGCAGUACAGUUUUUAC